CGGGUUUAACAAAUGCUGCUCCGUCGCCUCCGCCCAUCCCUUGCCGCCGUACGCUACUUCUCGACGGAAGCUGCUAGGACUGCGGAUCUCGCAUCCUCUGAAGCCACCGUCACAAGAACCGGUGGCCGAGACACACUGGGUAGGAGGCUUCUGAGUCUCGCAUACGCGAAACGCAGCGCCGUCGUUGCUAUACAUAAAUGGAAAGAGGAAGGGCACGCUGUUCGCAAGUACGAGCUCAAUCGCAUCGUCCGUGAGCUUCGAAAGCUUAAGCGCUACAAACACGCCCUCGAGAUAUGUGAAUGGAUGACAUCUCAAGAAGAUGUUCAACUGUUGCCGGGAGACUAUGCUGUACAUUUGGACUUGAUUGCAAAAGUUCGUGGUUUAACCAGUGCAGAAAAGUUUUUCGAAGAUCUACCAGAUAAAAUGAAAGGCCAACCUACCUGUACUUCCCUUCUCCACACCUAUGUACAGCACAAAGAGUCGUCUAAAGCCGAGGAUCUGAUGGAGGAAAUGUCAGAACGUGGUUUCUUGAAGUAUCCCCUUCCUUACAACCACAUGCUGUCUCUUUACAUCUCAAAUGGGCAGUUAAAGAAGGUUCCUGAAGUGAUACGGGAACUAAAGAAGAACACCUCACCAGAUGUAGUCACUUACAAUUUGUGGCUGACUAUGUGUGCCUCGCAGAAUGAUGUUGAAGCUGCAGAAAAGAUCUUUCUUGAGCUAAAGAAGGCUAAAAUAGAACCGGACUGGGUAACAUAUAGCACACUGACCAGCAUGUAUGUUAAAAGUUCACUCAAUGAAAAAGCAUCUUCCACUCUGAAAGAAAUGGAGAAAAGGGCCUCUCGAAAAGUUAGAGUAGCAUAUUCCUCCCUUGUUAGCUUGCACACAAACUUGGGCAAUAAGGAUGAGGUUUACCGGCUAUGGAAAAAGAUGAAGGCAAUCUUCCGUAAAAUGAAUGAUGCCGAAUAUACAUGCAUGAUAUCUUCUCUAGUCAAGCUUAAAGAGUUUGAAGAGGCAGAGAAACUUUACACUGAGUGGGAAUCUGUUUCUGGGACUGGUGACUGUAGGGUUCCCAAUUUACUUCUUGCAUCAUACAUCAACAAAAAUCAGAUGGAAAUGGCUGAGGAUUUCUACAAUCGGAUGAGGCAAAGAGGGAUCAAUCCUAGUUACACUACUUGGGAGCUCCUUACGUGGGGUUAUCUGAAACAAAAGAAGAUAGAAAAAGUUCUAGAUUGUUUUAAGAAAGCGGUUGGCAGUGUCAAGAAAUGGAAUCCUGAUGACAGGAUGGUUCGAGAAGUAUUUAAGUUCCUUGAGGAGCAUGGCAAUAUAGAGGGUGCAGAGCAAUUGUUAGUUACUCUUCGGAAAGCUGGUCAUGUUAAUACAGAGGUAUAUAAUAUGCUUCUGCGAACUUAUGCAAAAGCUGGUAAAAUGCCUCUCAUAGUAGCAGAGCGGAUGAAGAAGGACAAGGUUCAAUUCAAUGAGGAAACUCAAGAUCUCCUUAAAUUAACUUGCAAAAUGUUGGUGAGUGAAGUUUCAAGCUGUCUUUCUUGAGCAGGGCACCGAAUAAGUUGCUUCAAGAUAGGAGUUUGUGUCCCUGCCACCCUCUGCUAUCAAAAUAGACACAUUUUGCAGAUUAAGAGUACUCUUGGCAAAAUUUUUGCCUGGUUUUAACAGCUGGGGCAAAAAGAGCUCACAUGGGUGAGAGUUACAUUACCUGUGUCGUGUAAUUUCACUUAAAUCUUCAAUGAUACCCUUUGCUUCUAAAGUUCCAGGGUGAAGUGUAGACUGGGAAUUUAGUAAUUUUGGAUUCAUUGGGAAAAAUGAUGGUGACGAGAAGUCAUCGGUGAUCGAGCAUCAUUGUGAAUGAUUGAUGACGUUGUAAAUGUCUUACUAUAAGCAGAAAUUUGAACACAGGAAUUCACUGAAAAUUCUAUAAAGGGAUGGAUGGAAAUGCUUAACAAACCUGAAAUUGUCAAAUUGUUGUGUCAAAUGUGAAAUAAACAGCAAGUAUAUCCUAAGUGAUUCUCAGCUUACAUAAUCCCUGAAAAUGCCAGG